ACGUCUCCCUACCCUACACGUCGGUGACCGUGCAGCCCCUGCCAGAGCCAUACAUCCGUGUCCCCGUACACCAAGCUCGCCUCUUAACACUUCUCUCUCUCCCCCUUUCUCUUCUCUCUCUUACCCCUCGCUCGCACGAGCUCGUCGGCGGCGGAGGCCCCGGGGGAGGAAGCCUAGGUCGUCACCGAGGGGGCAGGGGCCCCCGUGGAGAUGGGGAUAUCGUUCAAGCUAUCGAAGGUCGGCGUCCGCGUGCACCCGGCCGCGCGCUCGGCGUCCGCGGCGCCGGCGCAGGCUGCGGAGGCGGAUAAGCCGGCCGCCCGGGACAAGGAGGAGUCCGUGUCUGACGCGCGACGCGAGGAUGGAUUUAUUAAAAGAGCAAAUGAUGUUAAUGGCAUCAAAAUUUCACAAGCGUGCUCCAAGGAAAUUUUGCCAGAGCAUGAGGUUUCUUUCACAUUCAGCCUCUAUGAUAGAGGUUAUCUCAUUUCAAAGUCAGCAGCGAUGGAUCCCAGUCAGACCUCAGUUCAGGAUGGCAAAACACUGCAUCCCUAUGAUAGAGCAUCAGAAAAAUUAUUCUCUACUAUUGAAGCUGGGAGGCUGCCUGGCGAUAUUCUUGAUGAGAUACCAAGCAAGUACUAUAACGGGUCAGUUGUUUGCGAGAUACGUGACUACCGAAAGCAUGCAUCCAAUCUAUCUUCUGCUGAGCUAGGACUACCCAUCGUGAAUAAAGUACAUCUUCGGAUGACAUUUGAGAAUGUUGUAAAGGACAUUACGCUGCUAUCUGAUGAUUCCUGGAGUUACAGGGAUUUUGUGGAAGCUGAGGCACGUAUUGUCAAAGCUCUACAACCGGAACUUUGCUUAGACCCUACUCCUAAAUUGGACCGGCUUUGUCAGGAUCCUGUUCCUCAUAAGUUGAACCUUGGUAUUGGAAAAAAGAGGAGGCUGAGUCAAAAUCCUGAAGUUGUCACAUUCAGUAACAUGUCUCAUGGUAAAAAGGUGUGCGUUGAUAGGUUGUCUGAAAAUCCCAAAGCAGAUGAGAUGGGCAUCAAAGGUGAUAAUGCAGCUCACCAGGUUGAUCACAGUACCAUCCAAAAUAUUUCAGGCGGUUCCCAGCCGCUAAGACCAAAUAAUUCUUCACAAGAUGCUGCCAGAAUGCUAUUGUCCCACUCUGGUGUACAGCAAACUAGCAGUUAUUCUGCUCUUGGUAAUGAUCGUGUGGCAGGACCUCCUGCCAAUUUUACUGGAAUCAAUUCCAGCAUUUCGUCUCCUCAGAACAUGAUGGAUUACAAUGACGCUGUCACUGCCAAUGGCCCUCUAUCUGCGAAGAGGGAAAUACAAGAUGCUCCGCUUCAAGAUCCUAAGAGAAUAAAGCCAACUAGUGGCAUUGAUGAUGUACAGCAGCAGCAGCAGCAGCAGAUAAAGCCUCAAUCCCUUGGUGGGCAGGAGAUGCAAUGGAAGAACCAACAGUUGCAUCCACAGUUAGAUGUCAAGGGGAUGCAGUAUGCUUCUUCAUUGAGUGGUCAGAGAUAUCCUUCUCCGAUGAUGAACAAUAUGCAAGAUUCGGCUUCCUUCUAUUUCAAUCAGCAAGGUUUGAGAUAUGGUGCUAAGCAAGAGCAGAUGGAUGGCUCUGAUAGGUCCAAAGAUGUGUUACAGUCUAUGGCACCUGAAAGUUCUGUGCUGGAUCAGCAGAAAUCCCAGACUCAACAUUUGUCACAGCAAUCAACUGCAAGAAAUAAUGUUACGAACAUGGCACAGUGGCAGAAUACUCGGUUUUCAGCUGAGAAGGACUUGAAAAAAGAAGAAAUAAUUCAGAGAAGGAAGUUAGCUUCUAGCUCUCGUGCCCCUUCUGGACCAAUGGUUCAAUCUCCAGUGUCCUCUAAAUCUGGAGAGAUAUCAAGCAGUUCAAUGGGUGGCCAGUUUGGUUCUGCUGUGACAUCUGCUGUAAUAGGGGCACAGAAAGAUAAGUUUGCUGCUAAUUCCAGUGCUGCUGUUGGAUACCCUUCUGUAGCUUCCAGCCCUAGUGAUUCUAUGCACCGGAUACAGCAGCCUGCUGUUGCUCCUUCAAAGAGAAAAACAAAUUCUGUCCCCAAAACUCAACCACCUGUGAGCGGUGUAGGAUCUCCAGCCAGUGUUUCAAACAUCCACUCUAUGCUGAAUGCUAGCAGCCCAUCGAUUGGGACUGCACCUAUAGGAGACCAAGCGAUUCUUGAUAAAUUCGCGAAAAUUGAUACUCUUUCACAUCGGUACCAGCUGCAUAAUAAGAAGAACAAAGUUGAUAAGAUACCUCAAAAGAAGUCCAUGGUCAAUGCAAGCCAAGAUGUUGCUAGAUUUCUCUCCAGUUGCUUCCAUACCGAGGAUUAUAUAGAUACAAUAAGACCUCUUUGUAACUCUAUGAUUAGUGGAACUAUAAACACGUGCAAGACUAGAAUAAUAAACUUUGUGGGCACGAAUCGGAUGUACCAAGGUCACGCAAGGCCAUUCCGGGUUGUUUUCAAGGAAAUGUCUGAUGAAACUGUAAGAAUGCAAUACGGAGAUCUAGAAGAUUUUGAUGGUCCAAAUUCACAUGAUUGUGUAUUCAUAUUACCAAUGAAGUACUAUGCUGACUUGCUUGGAGAGCAACUUCUUCCCCUGAUGUUGAAAGAUGGGCAUUCUAUGGUAGACGAUCAAGUUGUGCGUGGAACCCCUCCUGGUAAUCUCAGUACACUGUCAGGAAUUUUACCAGACAAUUUAGCAAGUGGUGUAAAGCAAGAGGGAGGUAUAAGCCAGCAACUUAAUGUUGCAGCCCAUGCAAACAUGGCAUCUGGAACACCAAUGCAACAGCUUCCUGGCAAUAGGAUGCUUUCACCUGCGAAUAACAACCCGGUCCUAGCAAUGCAGCAAGGGUAUAUGCAAGGGGCAACCAUGCCUCCAAGGAGCCAGCAACUUGAUCAAAAUUUGGUUCAGCAGCAGCAGCAGCAGCAGCAGCAGCAGCAACCGCAGCAGCAAAAUGCUCAGGCACAGCUGCAGCAACCUUCAUCUCUUCCGCUCAACCAAAUGCAGAGACCUCAACUACUACCAACGAGCCCGUUAUCUCAGAUGCUGGGGUCUGGCUCAAAUCUUCCGAUGGGCUCAAGCCAUAUGGGCAACAAUAAGGCUACUCCUACUUCCUUGCAGCUUCAGAUGCUACAGCAAGCACAGCAGCAACCUAUGUCCAGGAAAGUGAUGAUGGGGCUCGGCUCAGCCAUGAACAUGGGCAAUAUGGUUAACAAUGUCGUUGGCCUCAGUGGUCUUGGAAACGUUAUGGGAAUGGGCAACAUGCGGCCAAUAUCCUCCCCAAUGGGAUCGAUGUCAGGAUUAGGAAACAAUUCCAAUCCGAUGAACCUUGGAAUGGCCUCCAACCUUGCUGCAGCUGGACUCCGUCCAGGUAUGAGCCCUGCUGCUAUUGCCAAGAUGCGUAUGGGUAUGGGGUUGGCGCAGCAAAGGGCAGCUGGCAUGUAUCCCCAGACUGGAAUGGUUGGAAUGCCUGGGAGCAGUUCUCCUAUCCUUUCUAGUUCUGUUGGAUUGUCCAUGAUGGGCCAUCCUCUAAAUAGAAGCAACCUCAGCCCCCUGCAGAGGGCCAUGAUGUCUUCUAUGGGCCCUCCGAAGAUGGCAGGAAGUAACUUUCAGCUGAACACCCAACAGCAAAUGCAGCUCCAGCAGCAGUUGCAACAGCAGCAGCUCCAACAGAACCCGCAGCAGCAGCAGCAGCAGCAACUACAGCACCACCACCACCAACAACUACAGCAGCAGCAGCAGCAGCAACAGCAACAGCUACAGCAGCAGCAAAUCCAACAGCUACAGCAGCAGCAGCAGCAAAUCCAACAGCUACAGCAGCAGCAGCUGCUGCAGCAGCAACAACAAAUGGGAUCUCCAUUACAGCAGGCGCAAGUGGGCUCACCUGGUGGCUCACAGCAGUCCUUGAUGAUGCAGCAGCAGCAGAUAAGCCCGCAGCAAAUGGGUCAGCACGCUGCAAUGAGCCCCCAGUUGAGCUCAGGAACUCUUCAGCAAAUGAGCAAUAAUGUGGCCAACCCUGUUGCCACGCCAGGCCCGCCCCCAAGCCCACAGCUGAGCUCACAGACCCAUGGGUCGGUCAACAGCAUUGCUAACUCUCCGAUGGAGCAACUGCAAGGUGCCAAUAAGGGAGGUCCCGGUAGCAUGUAGUAACUGGAAAUACUUUGGUUUAUUUCUUGGCCUAUACAAUAAGGGAGGGUGUAAACACUGGCCAAGGUCACUACGUUUUCUUGUUUGUUGUGGUAAAUGAGGUUGAGUUAGGUGUGUUAUAAGUUAUAGUAUACAGAUGUCAAGGAACAGCUUUAUGCUAGGAUUUUGAUGUUGUAGAUUGUGGUUAGCAGGAAUAGCGCGUGUUGGAGCUUUGCUACUGGGGCAAGCAUUUGUUCAAUUGGACAGCUUUUUUUUCAUGUUUAAAUUGAAAUGGUCAAAAUUGUGGAACUGCUACGUAACCAUUGUGCUUAAUAAUAAGUAUCACCAUUUGUUCAACAAUAA